CUGGGCGCGGGGAAUCCUGUUACUGGUCCGGACCUUGACAGCAGCUGCUCCCCGAAGAUCCCAAGGUCGGCGCGGAACACGCACGAGGCGGUUGGAGGCUGGCGGAGGACCCAGGCCGCAGCGGCGAACGGAGGAGAGCUAGACCGGCCUGGCUGGCGGUGCCAUUUGCUCUGUGCAUCCACUAUCCGGCCCCGGCCAGAGCUGACAAAGGGCGUGGGUGUCGGGUGGGGGAUAGAGGAAGGAUCUAGGUUAAAUAAAUUUUUCUGCAGAUUCAGUGCCAUUAAGUCCUGCGAGCCCAUACUGUUUAAAAAAAAAAAAAUGAAGAAAUUAAGGCUUAAGGAACUAGAGAGUCGCCUGCAACAAGUAGAUGGAUUCGAAAAGCCCAAACUACUUCUAGAACAGUAUCCGACCAGGCCUCACAUUGCAGCAUGUAUGCUUUAUACAAUCCAUAACACAUAUGAUGACAUUGAACAUAAAAUGGUUGCAGAUCUAGGAUGUGGUUGUGGAGUGCUUAGCAUCGGAACUGCAAUGUUAGGAGCAGGGUUAUGUGUUGGAUUUGACAUAGAUGAAGAUGCAUUGGAAAUAUUUAAUAGGAAUGUGGAAGAGUUUGAGUUAACAAAUGUUGACAUGAUUCAGUGUGAUGUGUGCUCCUUAUCUAACAAAAUGUCCAAGUCAUUUGACACAGUAAUUAUGAAUCCUCCCUUUGGAACCAAAAAUAUAAAGGAACAGAUAUGGCUUUUUCUGAAGAUUGCAUUGGAAAUGGCAAGAACAGCAGUAUAUUCUUUACACAAAUCCUCAACUAGAGAA